AUGUCCAACCCCUUAUCCACCACCUCUGACUCCUCCGAAUCCUCCUCCACCCCCGAAAUCGACCUGGCAAACUACCCCACAGGCAAAAUGUCCCUCGGCGGCAUCUCCCUGCGCGCAAUGCUCCUAGGAACAGCUCUAGGCCUAUCAAGCAGCCUGGCCGUCCUCCUAUCAGCAACAACCACCACCCCGCUCUGGCGCGUCCCCUUCUUCAUCGCCGCGCUGAGUCUGUUUCAUUUCCUCGAGUUCUGGGUAACGGCACAAUACAACACACGCUACGCCACAGUCUCUGCGUUCCUCUUGUCCUCGAAUGGAUGGGCGUAUAAUGUUGCGCAUGGCUCGGCUGUUGUGGAGUGUUUGGUAUCGCAUACUUUCUGGCCGGGCCAGUCGAGCAUCGCGCGCAUGCUUUCGGUGUCGGUCCCGGGGUCGAUCUUUGGUGGGCAGGUCUCUCUUUUGUUAGUUGGAGGGUUUGUGUUGCUGCUUGUUGGGCAGGUGGUUAGGACGAUUGCUAUGGCGCAGGCUGGGGGCAAUUUCAAUCAUCAUGUGCAGAGUCGGAGGCAGGAGGGCCAUGUCCUUGUUCAGGAGGGGCUUUAUCGGGUUCUUAGACAUCCGAGUUACUUUGGGUUCUUUUGGUGGGGGCUUGGGACGCAGUUGGUUCUUGGGAAUGUUGUUUGUUUUGUCGGGUAUUCGCUGGUGCUUUGGAGGUUCUUUUCCAGUCGGAUUAAGCGUGAGGAAGCUUACUUGAUUUCUUUCUUUGGCGAUGCGUAUAUCCAGUACAGGAAGGAUACACCCGUGGGCAUCCCUGGUAUUUGA